AUGGCCAAAUCGCAGGAGGAGAUGGCGCAGGCCGCGGCGCAGCAGCAGGCAAUCAAUACGGAGGGGGGCGAUGAUGAGGAGGCUUUCAAUAUGGCCGGCCGAGGGGGCGUCCUCCGGAAAAAGGCCCGCAAAAAUAGGUCAUCCUCCCAGGAGGGCGCCCUGUCGGUGGAUGACGCUGUCAAGCUCCUCUCGCGCCAGGAUCACAAGGUUCGCUACCUUCAAUUUCAACGCAUGCUCCAGCUUUCAGCUCAGUUGGCAGUUGAUCGGGGCUGGGCCAGCCCCUCCUUCCCGCCGGUGGUCCGUGAGCUGUGGCUCGCUUAUGUCACCUUCCUGGAUUGUCCGCGCAUGGCAGCAGCCUUCCAGAUCGCCGUCCCGGCUGUGGCCGAUCCCUCCAUCCCGGAAGGCCUCGAGGGCGAGUCUGACGACGAUGCCGAUGUCGACUCGGCUCGAUCUCAGGCACUGCGACUCUAUCACUUCCAGCUGAAUGAGACCCUGGCGGCGGCACUGCUGUAUUGCUCGGCGGCGCACCUCCGCCUUCCAACCUGGUCACUGGAGGACUGUCGAAGCCUGGUAUCUCUGUCAGGCCAUACCCUGGCACGCUUCUUCGAAAGCGCCGGUCUGUACACCCCAGCCCCAAGCACACUGCCGGCAUCGCUUCGGGAGCUGACCGGCCUGCGCAACCAGCCUCCUGGUGCCCGGCUGGCCACCUCAGCCCCAGAGGCCAUUCAUCGGGUGGCCAAUCUGACCCAUGUCCCAGAGCCCAUCGGCUAUCUGGCGACCGAACUUGCGGAGUUGCUCCUCCCGCUGGCCAAGGAGUUCCCCCUGGCCCCGCCAUCACACGGAACCGCGGAGCAGGCCAGUGCCCGAGAUGAUGCUCAGCUGGAUGUCGGUGCCCAGCACAACGCGGUGUGGUUCCCGGAAGUCCGAGCCGCGGCCUUCCUGGUGGUGGCCAUGCAGUUGGCCUACGGGCUCGACUGUCUGGUGGACUACUCCACGCGGCCGGGCACCGAUACCAGCAAGCGACUGCCCGGGUUCCUGGUCAUGCGGAAUGGGCGUCUGUACCCCUCGCAGGAGGAGCUCGAGGCAGUUGCCGGCCCGGGGGCGCUUCUGGAAACCGCGCGCGAGCGUCUCGUACCAGCCACGGACAGUGCCUACCGGUUGCCCUUCAGCGACAGCCAUUUGGGGCUGAUGUCCUUCCAUUCGUGGAGGAGUCUGCUCCAGGCCCAGGGGCUGGCCCCGGGCCGGGCCCCUCGCUCGCAUCAGGACCUCGACAGCCUGGCCAUGCUUCAGAGCCGGCACCGCGGCACCUCCGCCAACAGCAGGGUCGAGUCGUCCGAUCAUCCGGUCAACUGGCUGGCUCUCGGGUCUGUGGCGGUGCAGGCUCGCACCCUUCGUAGCCGUUCGCGACAAUUCCUGCGCGCGACCCAGCCCCAGGUCGUACAGGCCGAGCUGACCGCCGUGCGGGCUCUCGAACGAGCGGGCAGUCGAUCCCAGCGAUUCCCGGUCCGGGCCACCGGUCGUCCUCCCAGCACCGGGCAAUUGCGGAGUCCUUUCUUUGCCGAUCGGGCAGGCUUCGACUUGGAGCGGCCGUUGCUGGAUGCGCUGGCUGCCCGGCCCACCAGGUCGACUGGACCGACGGCCGCGCGUCUGGCCGUUGGCACUGAAGAUGGCGGGGCCUUCAUGCCGGGCGCCGAGCGGGUGUACUUCCCCACGGCGGACGCCCCGGCCGGGGAGUCAAAAGACGCACGGCGGGCACAGGCAUCAGCACGCAGGCGUGCUGGCGGGAUGUCAGCUCUGCCCCGACCGUCAGCUGCCAUUCCCAUCAACAAGCACACCUGGGACCGGAAUGAGGACCCGGAGUUCCCCACUCGAGUUCCGCUGACCAUGCUGUCCUUCUUCCACAACUUGCCGACCGAGCAUCCGUCGGCCUCCUUCCGGGUGUAUCUCCCGCCGCCGGAUGACAUUUCGGACCUGGAUGCCCUCAGCCACAGCUCCGGCGAGUAUGGGUUUGUGGUGAGCGUCCUUGCGCGUGCCAUCGGCAUCUCGGAGCGACAUCUAUAUGCCGCAGCACGCAGUGUCCAGCGCCUGUGUGCACAGAGUGCCGUGUCGCUCGAGCGCAUGUCCACCAUGAGCGAUCGCACCUCCCUCGGGCCGAGCAUCCCCAUCCCGGGCACCUGUUCGGCUCUGUCGAGCCGGCCCGGGGGACAUCCCUUCCAAACGCUCAAUGCCGCGCGCCUGCGCGAGCGACGAAUCCUCUCUUCGGCGCCGGCUUCGCAAGCGCGUGAGCUCCUGGCCGCGCGCGUGCUCCUGGACAGCAAGUACCAUGCCAUUCGCGAGCGCUACCCCUCGAUGGCAAGCGACGCCGAUGAUGUCUCCAGCGAGUCGGGUGCCCUGUCUCCCUCGCCGGCCUCCUCGCCAGCUUUGCUGUCUCUGGCGGACAUCCAGACCAGCUCGGCCGGUCCAUUCAGCACUGGUGGUGCCAGUAGUGUCCAGGAUCGUGGCCUUGCGCAGCUCCACGCCUCCCACAAGCGUGUGGACACAUUGCGCAUGGUUCAUCGACAGGAGCGCAUCCUGCAGCUGACUGCUCGCGACCUCUCGCGCAAGCUCAAGUCGGUCGAGAGCAACCCCUACGAGGUGAUGCACCGUUAG